UUUGCGACAAGUCGUCAGAGGAGCUCAUCGGCGUCGUGAGGUGUAGAUGGCUAACGGUGUCCGGCGUGGAUUGUUUUAGAUUCAGUUUUUUAUUUGACUCAGUUACACAUUUAGUAGAGUGGUGCUAUGUCUUCGGGAAUGACCGGACAGACGCCGUGCUUAACCAGCCGAUGGGACCAGCCUGCCCAGCCUAAGCAGCAGAAUAAUGUUGAGAGUUCAGCUCAUCCCGUCUCCCUGUCAGGAGUAGCCACAGCUGUGGACUCGAACAACACAGUUUCAAUAAGUCAGCCUCCUAACUCAGCAGCGGAGGCCUUGAUACCUGACGCAAAGAAGCCAGCAGCUCAGGGAGGAGUUGAAAUGGCUGCAGCUAUGGCAGCCAAAAUAAAUGCCAUGCUCAUGGCAAAGGGAAAGCUACUGACUCCCCCACCACUACUUGCAAAGACUCCUCCAAGUGUGCCAGUGCCAACAACCACAGAAGAGACGGUGGUUACAGAGGUGGACAUAAACGAUGUACCAAUAAACUGCAGGGAUCUGCUCACCAAAGGCAAAACACAGGAAGAGAUCCGCCAAUUUAGUGGAGCAGUUGUCUCAACAAAGGGUCAUUACAUGACUGAAGUAGAAAAAGGAAAACCAGGAGGAGAAAGGCCUUUGUAUUUGCAUGUCCAGGGAAAGAACCAGGAGCAGGUCAAUAAGGCUGUGAUGAGGAUAAAGGAGAUCAUCUCUGAAGAUGUGAUGAGGGCAUCAGCAGCAUCAGGAGGACAGCAGAUCCCCGUGAUGCCCCCUCUCACUCUCUACCCGCAGCCCCCACGGCCCAUUAUACCACCACCAAUGCCACGGAUGCCCAACACCAACUCAGCACCAACCCAGGGACAUCGGCCUGCAGCUCCACAUUCAGGGAGUUUUGUGCACACAAAGAUUUUCGUGGGACUGGAUCAGGCACUGCCCUCAUUCAAUGUGAAUGAAAAGGUUGAAGGUCCAGGGGGCUCAUACCUGGGUCACAUCCAGACAGAGACAGGGGCACGAGUCUUCCUCAGGGGAAAGGGCUCUGGCUAUAUCGAACAAGCAUCUAAACGAGAGUCCUUUGAGCCUCUUUAUGUCUACAUCAGCCAUCCAAAUGCAGCUGGAUUGGAGGCAGCAAAGAAACUCACUGAGAGUCUGCUGGAAACCGUGAGAGCUGAACAUGCCCGUAUGGUGUCAAUCUACACAGCUACCGGCUCCACCCAGCCAUACGCAGCACAUGGAUAUCCACCUAAUAGCAAUUACUCUAGCCAGGGGUCCUGGUAUAACUACCCAGCGAAUGGGUAUGCUGGCGGCUAUUCAGCGUACCCAGGAGCCGGUGGUUAUUGGAGUAAUGCAAAUGGUCCCCCAAGUCAUUCUAACCUGUCGACAACCCCUCAAUCUUCUCAGGCAAUGGUUCAGUAUCCUGUGUGUCCUAGGAAACCGCAUCCCUAUCUCGUCCAGGAUCCUGGGAACAGUGACACAGUGGAGCCGGAGGGAUCCUCAAGCUGCCCUCCUGAGUCAGGAAGUCCCAAGCGUCAUUUCCAGGAGGGGGGUGAAGAAAAACAGCCAACAAGCAGCUCCUCAGAUGAACCUGCCAAUCAGGAGUCUCCACUCCCUGCCUCCGGUGUUGCAGAGGAAAAAGGAAUGGAAAGGAUCCUGAUGCCUCCACCGCCGCCUCCCUUUCUGGCCCCUUCCCCUGUUGCACGCAAAAGACCGAGAGAGACGGUGACUGAAGCUCCAGGCAGUCUGCCCAGCAGCGCCGUGCCAAGGGGUGUACAAGAAGAGGAGGUGUGUCAGAAGAAGUCUAAAGUGGUCGAGGAUGCAUCAGGGCUUGUGCCCUAUGGAGGAGAUUCCUCCGAUGAAGAGGAGGAGAGAACACGCAGCAGUAAGGCAGCAAACUCAUAACCCAUACCCCACCCCCUCCCCACUGCCCAGAAUACCCACAGCCCAAAGCCUAGCUCCUCUGUGUACAUGAACACAGCUCUCAAAAACUCAAACCCCCCAAAAGGAAAAAAAAUCCACCCUUGGAUACUCUUACACUGUUAGACAUCAGUUUGUGAGGGUCAGUGCAUUCCAGGAAUUAUUCUGUAAUUUACUUUUUUGGUCAGCCCACUUUCCCUCGGCCUGCUUUGUCUCCAUUGAAAUGGUUAUCCCGUUUUCCAGAGGUACUUUGACAUUCUCCAGUGAAGGGGCAUGAUUUUUCAGUCAGACAUGGUCAAGUAUGGGCAUAUAAAUAUGGGCUUGUGAGCCAGCUAAUUUGUCAACAUUGGAGUGUGUCUCUCAUCGCAGCCACACUCCUUAAACAAGAUAUUUGUUUGCACUUCUUUCAGAAAUGCCUAUCUUGAGUUUUCCUCUUCAACAGUGGAUUUCUGGAUGUGUUAUUGAAUGUCAGUGCAAAAUGAUGUCUAGAGAGGAACCAUUGCUUUUUGAUUGUAAGGGAGUCACACUAAAACCUGACAGUUACCACUGAUAUUUUGGAUACCUAAAAAAAAAAAAAAAAAUGUUACGAAAGAA